UUUCUCUAUGAUCCAGAAGUCUGGCAGACACAGGGAAUCUACUGCCUGCCAUGUAAGGACAUCAAAGUACUCAACAACAAAUCCUUGAACUAUGUCCAACACCACCAAAUACAAGAGUUGUUUACCUUGAUGAAGAAGGACAACUCUGAAGUUGAUUUUAUCCAUUUGAAUGAUGGAUUCUCUCCCCUAUGCCUUCAGGCACUUAAAACUGGAUUUGGACAAGCAUCCACAUGGGUUCAUGACCAGUGUCAUGGAGUACUGCUUCACAGACUGAUGACCCUGAAUGAAAUUGAUGCCCACAAGCUGAACAUUAUCGAAGACACCAACAGUGGGGAAUCUUUGUCGAUGUCAGACACGGAUGUAUCUUGUGGGAAGGCUGUUGUGGUUGUGUGCGACUUUGUGGAUACUCAGGGACGGAUAAUUGAAGGUUUGCGCUGCCAAGAGGAGGUUUUAAGACACCAUGUCUCCAGCUAUGUGAGGGCAGCUGUGAGCCCCUGCCGUGUAGACGUGUGCGGUGUCUUAGUUGACUCAGAGUACUUGCUGAGUCUGAGUCGUGUUCGUUCCGAUGACAACACUUUGGGCUUCCACAUCAGCCAGUUCAUUAACAAAUAUACGACGAGAAAUCACCAGGACAUCUCACUAGAAACUCUUCCCCACACAAAACUGUCAGAGCCUUUUAGGUUGUUUACCAUUGACAUGUAUAAACUGUUGGGAGUUCCCCAACCAGGCACAGCUGCUGAGCUAAGUACAGUGACUAAAGAAGCAUCAGAUGAGUGUCCUGAAGCUCACCAGCAAGGCCAGAUAUCAGCAUGCCCUUCCUCCAGACACAGAGACUGUAGCUUACUUGCAGGUCCCCAGCGUGGUCAUAAGCAUCAACUUGUUGACCCUGAGGCAGACACUGUCAGUUGUACAUCAGCACAAAAUAUAGGUUUUGCUGCAGAGUAUGCUUUGUUGGUAAAGUCUGAAGAUGUCUGCACAACUACCUCACAACUGAGAGCAGCAUCAAGUUGUGAGAUGGAAAGAAAUCUUGAUUGCAGUAAAGGGCAACAUAUAUUGCAUCAGAAUGAUACAAGUGAAAUCCUUGUAUCGAAACAUGCAAAACAAGAACCAGUUAGUGAAGGAAUGUUAGCUGGUGUUGGAGACACAAAGCUGGUCUCUGAGUGUGUGGGCAAGAGGGAAUACACUACACAGCAGUUUAUUUCUAAGGAAACGUUGAAGACUGCAUGUUUGAAAGGGAAGGCUGAGGGUUCAAGAUUGUCUGUUCUAGAAUGUGAUUCAGUGAGGAACAAGAAGAGGUCAUCCAAUUGCCAGCUUGUAGAGCAGGACGGAGCAGUAGGUGGGAGCAGUCCGGACAGAAAACGUGGAAGACUGGCUGUUGAUGGAGAUGAGGGAUCUAAUGCUUUCCUUGGCAAUGAUGUGAAUGAAGAAAAUGGAGAAUUGGCUCAGUCAGUUCAUUUGAAGGUGCCUGUCAUCCAAUCUGGCCAAGUGACAGCACUUGUCUACUGGUUUGACCUGCAUCUGUCCCCAUCCUGCUGUAUCAGCACUAGUGAUUCAAGUCAUCACUGGAAUCAAGCGGCCGUUAUGUCCCUUCCCUCACAGAUGCAGAAUGUUGCAGCCAAGGAUGUCUUGAGUCUGUUCUGUCAGAUGGAUGGCUCAGCCAUCAGCUUUUUGAUUGAAUAA